UAUUUCCUUGCAUCGCUAUGUGAUCUACAACGUGCUGUCACGGCCGUUCGAUUCGGUUUACGUUACGCUAAAUCAUCAGAAGUCACCGAUCUCGUGUCAAAAAUUCAACACUGCCAGUUUACAACGCGUGAUGUGGUUCAAUCACAUCCGAACAUUAUUCUUUCAGUACUUAAAGAAAUGUUUACGAAACUACCGCCAGUGUUUGAAAACGAGGAAUUUUUGAGUCUUUCACUAUCGGCCUCGGACGAACUUGUUUUAUGUUAUCUACGUAGCUCUUUGGAUGCUCUACCAUUGGCAAAUCGCCAACGUGCCUAUCUACUAUGCUGUUCAUUACGGAAUCUACUUGACUUCACCUGCUAUCGAGGACAAAGCUUGAUUGAUGUCAUCAUGCUGUUUACGCCUAUACUGUUUCCAAGAUGUAAAAACACUACAGAAGGAUUUCUACGAGCAUGUCGAGCUAUGCUAAUGAUGAUCGAGCAAAAUCAGGCCGUUUUCAGAAAGUUUUUUCCUACCCGAACAGAGGACGAUUUUUUGAGAGACCUAAUGAACUCCUUGGAUGGACUACAACUCGGCAGCAUCGAUGGAGACAUUACCAUGGAGGAAACUUCAGCCGGCGUUGACGAAGAACCUCUACAUGACAUACCAUUGAAGGAUUCUCAACCAUAUUAUACCCUGGCCUUUUGUGAUUAACCAUAACCCUCAAAUUGUAAAUGCUGACCUCCACAACCUUUUUCAUCAUUACCUUAACAAGAACUGCAAAAGUCAACAAACAGCCUUCCCCCCCCCCCCCCCAAAGUAUUGUACAAUUGACUUUGUGUUUUUUCAUAGCUCGAUCACAUCAUCCCUGAACCGUUGUACAUACUUCCAUAGCUUUUUUGUUUGUCAUCAAUUCAUUUCCAUUUUUGGAAAAGCUGCUCAAACAACG